CCCCACGCACACACACACACCUCCUCUACACCAGCACCACCACCACACACACACACACACACAUACAUACAUACAUACAUAUGGCCUCCUCGUCCUCACCCUCCACGGACAUCCUCGGGCCGCUACAACGCCACCUCAACGCGCUCGCCGGCGACAACAAGAGCGCGACCAAGCGCGCGCUGGCGGCACUGUCCAAGGCUCUGCUCCCGCCGCCGGCGUCGGUCUCGUGGGAUGAGUACGCUGUCGCCAUUUGCACCACCGUCGCGCCAGCCGUUCUCCGUGUGACGGACGCGGGCUCAGAGCGCAACCGCGAGAACGCGCUGGAUCUGGUCGCCGCUCUUGUCGCUCCUAUCCCGCCGGCGCCCGCCGAGUCGGCAGCCGCAGCACCGGCCCUGGCCAGCGACUCGCCGCAGGCGGCGAUGCUCGAGACACUAGCUGCGUUGGCGCUUCCGAUUCUUGUCCGCCGCUACGUCACCCCGCACAAGACGGCGCGCGACGCCGGACGCGCGUACGAGCCCGGAGAGCCGUCGGAAGAGAUCCGGGCAACAGUCGGCAGCCUAGUGGUCUCCCUCGUUCCACGGCUCGCCACUGUCGGUAAGCUCGCCAUGUUUGUCGACGAUGUGCUGGACGUAGUCCUCGCACUUCUGGCUGACCCGUUCCAUGAUGUUCUCCUCCACGGCGCCAAGGCGGUUGUCGCCCUCUGCGCCCACGCGCGCUCGGCCCUCAAGAUGCGCAUCUCCCAGUCGGUGGUCAACGCCGCCCUCGGCCUCUUUGCUCAUCGCCACUCCAAGGUUCGGGUGGCGGGCGUGGAAGCGCUCGAGGCACUGCUGCUCUGCAAGGACGCGUCGAUCUCGACCGACCUGAUGAAAGACCUCAGCCCGUCGCUGGCGACGCUUGUUCUCGACCGGGCGCCCAAAGUCCGAUGUGCUGCGCUCCGCAUGCUCGCGUCGUGGCUCUCGCUCCUCACCGACCGCCACGUCUACACCCGCUACCUCAUUCCGCACAUGCUUGUUGGUCUCGUCGACGACCUCCCAGACGUCAACGGCCUCGCACGCGAUCUCAUCGAGUCCGUCGCGACGCACGCUGCAGCGCCCGAGGCUGAGGAGCUUGCCGAAAUCACGGCGUACGGCGACGAUCCGGUUGUUGACCCGCGCCUCACGCCCGAGGCCUUUGCCGGCGUCCGUCCCUCGCUUGCCGCCCGCCGCCUCGUCGGCCGCAAGAUGCACGACAUGCUCCCGCAGGUCCUCGCGGACAUGGCCGACUGGACCGUCAAGAAGCGGUUUGUUGCCGUACGGCUCAUCGGCAUCCUCAUGGUCUAUGGCGAGCGGGGCAUGGCCUCGUUUGUCCCGGAUAUUGUCUCGGCCUUUCUCGCUGUCGCCCUCGACGAGGACCCUGCCGUCCUGGCUGCGCUCCACGACUCGGCCGCGCUCCUCGGCGCGCUCGUCGAUCCUGCGCCCGUCCUCAACCCGCUCCUUGACAUUAUCGUCGAUGCGCCUGGCACUCGCUCGGCCAUUGCCCGGGCCGCCGCUCUCACCGUCCUCGCCUCGGCACUCUCGGGCAUGCCGCAGGAGUCGCUCGCCGCCGCACUUGCGCCCGAUGGCUCUCCGCUCUCCGCGGCGCUCCUCGCCACUCUCGCCAAUGGGCCAGGCUUUGACAUCCAGUCGCCUGAACUCCAUGUCGGCCUCACCCGGGUGGCCACCGUCCUCAUCGAGCACACGCUUGAUGACGCCGCCAUUGCCUCGUCCACCUUUCUCCUCCUCAAGCUCCUCCUUGCCCAACUCGCCUGGGCCGCCGAGCCCGAGCUCAAAGCGGCAACUCUUGCGGCUCUCGAUGCGCUCGUUUCCCGGCUCGGUGCUCCCUCGCUCGACGUUCUCGUCUCGGCACAUGCGCAAGGCCUCCUCGCCAUACUCCUCGACUCUGUCUCGCAGUGGUCGCUCGUCUCACCGCGCUAUGUGCUCUACACCCACAUUCUCGCCCGACUUGUCCCCGCCUCGCUCGAGCUCGCGCUAACGGCUGCCCCUGGUGGCGAAGACGAAGCCGCAGCACCCCCGCUGCGGCUGCUUGUGGAGUCUGCAGUGGCGACCGCGGAUCCCGCAGUAGCGACUGGCAUCAUCGCGACGCUGGCGGCCGCGCUCGACGCCGCAGCAAGCUCGGAUGUCGCGCCGACGGCUGCCGCCGCCCCGGCCUGGCUCGACUUUCUUGUCAACCUCGUUGCGCCGCUGCUUGUGUGGCGGGCCGGCCUUCCGGCUGCCGAGCUGCGCGCCGCAGCGCUGGCUGUUGUCGACGCCGUUCUCCGCUGGCGGGCGCUCGGAGUCACCGACGCCAUCGCGCUUCUCGCCGCCCUCGGUGCACCGUUCCCCAACCUCGUUGACGACCGUUUGUCUUCCACGCGCAAGACUGCUGUCGCCGUUGCGUCUCUGCUCUUUGAACUCCUCGCUCCGGUCGACGCCGCCGUUGUCGAUGACGUCCGUGCGCUAGCCGACGCGGUCGUGACACGGCUCAACGACGCCGACGACAGUAUCCGUGCUUCGACUGCGCCUGCGCUGGUGGCUCUCGCCGCCUCGGGUGCUGACCUUGGCACCGAGUACUGGACGACUUUGGCGCGCUCGCUCUUUAUCCACCUUGAUGACCCGUCGCUCACCAUCCGCGACGCCAUGGUUGCGCCGUUGACGGCCGUCGCUGGUCUGCUCCCGCCAGAGACAUGGCGCGAGGUCAUUGCCGCCGCGCAAGCGUCGGCGACCAAGGCGGCCACCCAGCUCGCGAUCCUCGAUGCGCUUUGAGAGUAAACGCGUAGAGACAAUGA